AUGGAUCAAGCGACUGUCACUGCUCCAAAGAGCCCUUGGGGAGCCGUCUCCACUGCGCCCCCUGCUGUCUACUCUCUGUCUGACGUCAUGAGUGAAGAGUUGGCCAAACAGCUGCAUGAAGAGGGAGACUUCACUGCAGAUCAUCAAGUGGUGCUGGAGUGCCCCCUGGAGGACACGGAGGACACAGACUCAGACCUGAUGUUGGCUCAGAUGCUUCAGAUGCAGUUUGACCGGGAGUUUGAUGACCAGCUGAAGAGAGAGGAGCGCAAGUUCAACGGAGACAGCAAAGUCUCCAUCUCCUUUGAGAAUUACCGUAUGGUUCAUCCGUACGAGGACAGCGACAGCUCUGAGGGCGAGGUGGACUGGCAGGACACCAGGCACGACCCCUACAGGAAGGAUAAGCCGCAGGUGACGCCUCGUAAAGGAUUUGUGGGAAAAGGCAAAAACAUCACCACAAAACAUGACGAGGUUGUGUGCGGACGGAAGAACACGGCGAGAAUGGACAAUUUUGCUCCGGGGGUGCAGGUGGGUGAUGGCUUGGGAAUGGACCUCAUACUGUCCAAUCAGGUGUUCAACUCUCUGAAGCGUCACGUGGACAGUGAGCAGCGCCGGAGCGCCAGGGUUCAUGAGAAGAAGGAGCACUCCACCGCCGAACAAGCCGUGGACCCGCGCACUCGUCUGCUCAUGUACAAAAUGGUGAACGCCGGAGUUCUGGAAAACAUCAAUGGCUGCAUCAGCACUGGGAAGGAGUCUGUGGUGUUCCAUGCCAAUGGGGGCAGUCUGGAGGAGGAGCCUGUCCCCUCUGAGGUGGUUCUUAAAGUCUUCAAAACGACUCUGAAUGAGUUUAAGAAUCGUGACCGCUACAUCAAAGAUGACUAUCGCUUCAAGGAGCGCUUCAGCAAACUCAACCCCAGGAAAGUGAUCCGUCUGUGGGCAGAGAAGGAGAUGCACAACCUCAGCAGGCUGCAGAAAGCUGAAAUCCCAUGUCCUGAGGUCGUCCUCCUUAAGAAGCACAUCCUUGUCAUGUCCUUCAUUGGAGCCAAUCACAUCCCAGCACCAAAACUCAAAGACGCCAUUUUGAACCAGGACGAGCUCAACGCAGCCUAUCAGCAAGUGCUACAGAUGAUGAAGACCAUGUUCUCGGAGUGUAACCUGGUCCAUGCUGACCUGAGCGAGUACAACAUGUUGUGGCACCAGGACAAGGUGUGGCUGAUCGAUGUGAGUCAGUCUGUGGAGCCCAUGCACCCUCACGGUCUGGAGUUCCUCUUCAGGGACUGCAGGAAUGUUGCCACGUUCUUCCGCCGCAGAGGAGCAGCUGAGGCUCUCUCUGAGUUUGACUUAUUUAACGCCGUCUCUGGUUUGGAUCUGACGGUUUGUGCAGAAGACGAAGCCGGCUUCAUGUCUCAGAUCAUGGCUCUGGAGAAGAGGAACGAGGACCACGUUCAGAGACGAGGGAAAAAGACAUUUCCUGUGAGCUGCGAGGACGACCCGCCGCUCAAACACGACUCUGACGACUAA